CCAAAAGUUUAUUUCGUCCAAGUUCAGGAACAGCGAUACUGCGGGUGAAUACAGUGAAUGAUACGUCUCUUAGAAGAUCUAGUCUUAUGGACAAUCUGUCGUACGCUUCUUCCGGUUGUGUGUGUGUUUCUGUGCCUUUUCGGGGAAAAUAAGAACUGUGGAUUGGAGUCUCCGUUGUCACACAUUUGUGUUCAUUGUAGGGGAUAAGGGUAAACAAGCCACUUUUUGAAUUGAUCAUGCAGCCAGGCUUCGCUUUCCGCUCCCUUUCUUUCUUCGGUUGCUCUGCUCGAAAUAACUCUUUCCAUGGUCUCUUUCUCAUUUACAACACUCGCUAUUUUCGCUGUGGCACAGCUCGCUUUAUUAAAAACCAUCGCGGCUGCCCUUGAUUCCAAUGCCAGUCAAUGCCAAGGCGUCAAUAUUCUAUUCCCAAAGCAAGAUAGUGAAGUCAGUAUAUCCAACCAACAAACCGCCUAUCUAGUGCUUGGGAAUACGAACGAAGGUGCCCAUUUAAAGCAAGUUGAUCUGUUACGGAAAGCUGGAGACAAGACCUUGUCGAAAAAGCUUUGGAUCCCCGGUAACGAUCAAGAGGAAAUACUCAGUAAGGUGACCGCCGUGCAACAGGAUCUAAGGAAGCUUGAUACAUCUUUGCCUGACACUUUCUGGUACCGGAUUCACGUACAACAAGAUGGAAAAGAGUGCACCUACGAAUCCGACCCAUUCAAGAUUACGAAAUAAACUUACAUAGAAAUUUAUAUCCCUGAAGACCUUUGAUGACCUUAUGCAAAUAAAACGUUUACCCUUUAUGCCAAUAGGGAGUUUUCAUUGUCCCUGUAAUUCAUAG